CUCUUCUCAUCUAAGACCCCUUCCUUUACUCUUCUCUGUCUUUCCCCUUUUUGGAACUACAUAGGUUGUUGAUUGUUGGUUUGUACUUGUUUCACAUAUUGGUGGCACCAUGGGUUCUAUGGGCAACACCAACAUGCCACCAUAUAGUGGUUAUAGAGAUUGUUCACAAGGGAUAUGUAGCAUGUAUUGCCCACAAUGGUGCUACAUAAUAUUCCCACCACCUCCCCCAUUCCAAUCCGAGGAUGACGGUUCAAGCAUGAAUUUUUCCCCUCUCAUCAUCGUCGUGAUUGGGAUCUUAGCGAGCGCUUUCCUUUUAGUAAGUUAUUACACUAUCAUCAACAAAUAUUGUAAAAGGAGAGAAAACCAGUUGACUUCUCCUGUAGAAUCAGAAAACAGGAAUCAAUCAACGACUCAUGACCAGUGGCAACAUGCAGCCACUGGACUCGAUGAGUCAUUGAUCAAGUCCAUCGCGGUAUGCACAUACAUGAAAGGUGAUGAGGUGGUAGAAGGAUCCGAUUGCGCGGUUUGUCUUAGUGAGUUUCAAGAUGGUGAAAGUGUAAGAUUGUUACCAAAAUGUGGCCAUGCAUUCCAUCUUCCAUGCAUUGACACUUGGCUUAGGUCUCAUUCCAAUUGUCCCUUAUGUCGAUCCCACGUCAUGCCCGGUAUCCCAGUUCCAUUCCAACGCCCUCCCGAAUCACAAAUCCGAUCUAAUUCCAACCUUAAUGUUUCUUCUCUUGUAUUCCAAAGGAGUAAUGAUCUUGUUCUUGUUGUUCAAGAGCCAGAAGUAGAUGAUCAUAGAGAUGAAGUUGUUGUUAGCAUCAUCACAAAUGAGAAUUUACCAGAAUACCCUUUUCAUGAACAAGAUGACAUUAAUGCCAAUGGAAUGAGGAUCCCCAUGAGCAUGGGCCAAGAAGGUCAACAAGUUAGAAGAUCAACUUCAUUGGGAUCAAUGUCUUGCCAAAAUCAAAACCUUUUGAUUGCUGAUAUUCUAAGCACUGAUGAUGAUCAUGAAGAUGAGCAUCAUGAUCAACAAGUGGGCCCAUCCAAAGGGUAUAAUAGUAAUUCGUCAAAGAGAAAUGAUACAAUGAAGCGAUCCGUUUCCACAGGGAGGUUCGUGUUGAUAAAGAAUGAGAAAGAAAAAAAUUUCAUUCAGUAAGGAAAUAAUUGUAAUUUUAUGUGUACAAAGAAAGAUAAGAUUAUUAUAUAGACUUGCAUUAUGUUUACA